AGUAAAGGUUUUUUGUCGUACUUUUGUGAUUUGUGUUGAUUACUAUCAUUUGUCUAUGAAAUUGAUUUAAUUAAGUGGUUGACCAAUUAAAAUUAAUAUUAGCAUUGAACGCAGUCACCGAAAUUACUGUUCAUUCUACUAUAUCCUGUAUCUGUCUUGAUUUGCUUUGCUGUGGAAAGCAUCGUUCUUACGUAUAAACUGGAAGAAAAUAUUUCAAGAUAAUAAGAGAACAAUCAACGAUAACGUUUUGGUUGAAGAAAUCUCAUUGUUACCUGAAGAAAAUUAACCCAUAUACUUGUUGUUACAAAAUCGUUUGGCAAGACAUAACGACAAGAUUUUAGAAUUUUAGACACACUUCAUUUUUGCGAUCCCAUUACUUUGCAGUCAAAAAAUUUCGAACUAAGAUAUUAUUAGAGUAAAGAAAUAUAACAUAAAAAUGGUUAAGACUGAUAUGCAGGCUGUGGAGGAGAACUCAAAUGGCAAUGUCUGCGAUUUGAGCUGUUUGGAGCUCAAAAGGGUUCCGGUGGAUGCCAUUAAGCAAAACAAAUAUAUAACGAUUCUUAAUUUACAUAAAAACAAUUUAACACUACUUGGAAUCGACUUUGCGAUGCUCACUAAUAUCGUUCAACUGGACUUGAGCACUAAUGCUUUGACUUCCCUGCCACAUAAUUUUGGCGACCUAAUUAAUUUGAUGUCACUAAAUCUUUACAAUAACAAUUUGAUAAAUGUACCAAUUUCAUUUGGAAAUCUCAAAAAUCUGCAUUUUUUGGAUUUGAGAUGCAAUGCUCUUGGAUAUGAACUGGAUAAAAUUGCUGGAAAAUGCGCAUCAGUUCGAGAAUGUGAAGAAUGUGCUAUUAGAGUUGUGGAAUAUUUUCGUAAUAGUUUUAGGCAUCUUACAUACUCGAAAACAUUAGACAACCCUAAACAAGCUAAUACACCACUUAUUAGUAAACAAAAACUUACAGCUAACACUGAUAAUCAUCCUUCUUCUGCAAUUCGGUCAACGGAUUAUAUAUGUGUCUCACAAUCUGAUGAAAGUUUUAGUGAAAUAUCAUUCAGCGAUUUUUCACUAUUAUCUGACGAAGAAUUUGAAGAAAACACAGUCGGCGAAAAUGAGACCCACUCUGCCCGAAUUGCAGAAGAAGAUGUCGCUAAACCUGUUUCUGGAUUUGACGUAGACACGUUCAAUGAUUUUGAUGUUAACAAAUUGGAGUUAAUGGAAUCGUGUGAUCAUGCAAGUACUGAAAUUAUUGUGGAUAAAACCAAUGAAGAUUUACUGUAUGAAGGCGUAUGUGAUUAUGAUGAAUUACAUGACGGGUACAUUACCACUGAAAAUCAAGAUAUUGACACACUUAAACCACAAGCACAAGUUGAAGUUAUAGUAGCUAAUCGAUCAAAAAAGUUUCUCAAAUUGUUCUUAUAUGUUUUCAUUCCCAUAAUAAUUUCUGCUACGAUUUAUUUUAUCGGCUCACACUUCAACAUCAAUCUUUCUCUGAGCAAAUAUUUCUCAUUCUCUACUAUUAACGAGAAAGAUUUGAAUGCCCCAAAUUUGAUUAUUGAAGAAAAUGUUGAACAUAACGCGGUGUCCAUUAUACAGGACGAUUUCCCAGCCCACCCAAAUACAAGUUUUUCAUUUUCUACAAUAAAAAUGUUCGUGACAGAAGUAUUUCUGGGUCUCAGAGAAACACUGUUUGAAAAACUCAUGCGUAUAUUCUAUUUAUUCACUUAAAUUUCACGGUACCCACUUUGGAAGCAGAAAUUAAUAUAUAUUUUUAAACAUUUAAAUUAA